CCAGGGGCGGAGCGUACGCCCUCAAAAGCUGGCACCCGCAAAGUCACCGCCCUCACCGCUGCCCAGCUUGAACGCAAACGCGCCAGUGACAGAGAAGCCCAGCGCGCCAUUCGCCAGCGGACCAACGACCAUAUCGAGUCCCUAGAGCGCCGGAUUGCAGAGCUUUCGUCAACCCAUGAAGCCGACAGCGCAUUAGUGCUCACUGAGCUCACGCGGAGAAACAAGGAGCUGGAGAACGAGAAAGCCAUGCUGCAGACGCGGCUAAGCGAUGCUCUCGUCUCGUUA